GUCGUAUAAUCGGAACACCCUUCAAAAUAAAAGUUCCCGCACCGAUUGAGCUUGUUGUCAACUUUGAGUUUAAUCUUUAAUUAUUUGGCCUACCAGUUUUACAUCUGAACCGACCGGACUGCGUCUUUUUUAAAAUGGAGUUUGUUAAAGGCCGGAAGAUAAUGAAGGCUGGAAUUUUGGAUCCUCUGAAGUUGUUUGAUUCAUAGCCUUCCACGGCCAGACAAAAUGGAGGAUCAUUUUAAAAGAACUCCAUCUAAAAACAACACGUGCCAGUCGUCACCUGAGGACUGGUUUAAGAGAAGGCAGAGAUCAGUAGACAAUCAGUAUGACGUGGCACCAAGGAUGCAUGGCUUCAACAGCAGCUUUCACACCAACAAGAGCGCUGAUCUCAAAACCCGCAGUGGUUUGAAAGAUGGCUCAAACAAGCAAACUGGAAAGAUGUUGAAGGACAACCGAGCUGAGCCUUCCCCUCAGGACAAAAGAAUCAGCAGGAGAUCAGACAGAGGUUACAAAGGGUCCAAACCUUCCCUAAACCCUGCUGACAGAGCCAAAUUGGGCAUUACAUGUAGCACGUUUGAAAUGAAACUUGCCGAUUUCCCUGAAUUGGGUGAUAUCACACCAGGCAACCAUACAGCAGCUUCCCUGCACCAGGAACCAACAGUAUGUGCUAGUGCAGUCAUGCCAGCAGAGCGUCAGAGUUCACCAGUACUCAUUUGUAAGAAUGUACCGAAAAGAAGAACCAAGUCUGCACAGCAAGUCCCGUCCAGUGGAAAGUGUGAUAUUUCAGUAGCUAUCACAGCAGAUCAGGAUAGUGCAGUAUCCAAUCCUACUGGAUCUUCAGCUCAAUCCUGGGCAAACAUUGCCUCUCAGCCUCCCAGAGUCAUCCAGAAAAGCCCCAAAGCCAACACAUCUUCUCAGGAGGAUUUAUCCGCACAACCAGAGCAGAAAACAGAGAAGAAGAGGAGAAAGAAAAAGAAAAAAUCCAAAACGGCAUCUGAGAACACAGAGGAACUAGAGGAACAUCUGAUACAGCAGGAGCCACCGAAGUUUGAGGAUGAAGAGGAGUUUCCAGACCUGUCGCUUGCAUUUGAACUCAAAGGACAUUCAGUAGCACAAAAAGAGGGAUUGUCUCUACACCCAGAGAUAAAACACAAAGCCACUUCACCUACUUCUGCCUCCAUUGACACUAAGAAAACACAGACUAGUCAGAAAAAGUCAAAAGUUCCUGUACAGCUUGACCUUGGAAACAUGCUGGCAGUUCUUGAGCGGAAGCAACAGUCUCAAAAAUCCAAACAAGAUCAGCGACCAGUAACACUUUCAGUUGGAGGAGCUCUACCUGUAGUCCACAAAGAAACUUCUGUUCAGAAAAAGCCAUGGCAGCAAGAGAAAACACCACACAAUCCGCUGGACUCCACUUGUCCCUUAGUGAAGAAGGGAAAACAGCGAGAAGUUCCCAAGGCGAAAAAACCAACACCACUCAAAAGAGUCAUUCUUCGGGAGAGAGAGGAGAGGAAACAGAACCGCCUGCUGGAGGAGAGAGACCCGGUCCGAGUGGCCACUGAAGCUGCUGAAAAGGAAACUAGUAAUAGUGAGAAUCCUUCUGAUACAAGCCUACCUGACAAUGACCAACAUCUUCACACAAAUAUAGAUGAAAACCCUGAACUCGUUGGUACUGAGGAGUCAGAGUGUGACCAGCCUGGUUCGCCAUCUGAUCACAAGCUGGAUGAUGGUGUGUCACAGAAUGCAACACUAAAAUCCUGGAAUCCCAGUUCCAAUCCCAAUCUUCCCAAAAUCCACAGCAGGAAGUUCAGAGACUACUGCAACCAAGUGCUUAGCAAAGAUGUAGAUGAAUGUGUGAGCAGCUUACUGAAGGAGCUGGUGAGGUUUCAGGAUCGUCUUUAUCAGAAAGACCCCAUGAAGGCCAGGAUGAAGCGCAGGCUGGUCAUGGGCCUACGAGAGGUGCUGAAACACCUCAAACUCAGGAAGGUCAAGUGCGUUAUCAUCUCGCCCAACUGUGAACGUAUUCAGUCCAAAGGAGGUCUAGAUGAGGCUCUUCACACUAUCAUUGACACAUGCCGGGAUCAAGGUAUCCCAUUUGUGUUUGCCUUGUCGAGAAAGGCACUGGGCCGCUGUGUUAAUAAAGCCGUUCCCGUCAGCUUGGUGGGCAUUUUUAACUACGAUGGCGCACAAGACCAUUAUCACAAAAUGAUUGAGUUAUCAGCCGAGGCCAGGAAGGCCUAUGAGGUGAUGAUUGAAAAUCUGGAGGCAGAAUCACAGGAACAGCAGGAGGAUCUACAGGAGGAGCUACAGGAGGUGGAGCCGUCUGGAAAACCUUCUGGAACAGAAGAGCCAGAGUACAUUAAAAUCUGGAAGAAAAUGCUUGAGAAAGAUUACAACCACCCUUUCCUGGAUUUCGAGGACCAGUUUUCAUCCAUUUCUAUUGGUUCAGAACAGCUGCUGGAUGACCAUGAAGGAAGUUGAUGGAAGUGCAUACAGUAGACAAAUGAGUCAAAUGUUUUUGUUAGUUUGUAGUGUCGAGGCCAUGCUUCUGUGACGCCGGAAACAGAUCACUACAGUGUUUCCAACCCCGCGUGAGCCUCUAGCACCUUGUGAGAUAUGUCAGGAAUAGCUUGAAAUACCAAAUGUGCCUGUCUAAGAGGAUUUUAUUAAAAAAUGUAAACAUAUUUUCCUGUGACCUGGAAUGGUGUAUUAAAUCAAGAGGCAGUAUAGCUGAGAAUAGCGAACAGCCCUUGACUACAUAUUUUCUUAUAGAUAUCACAUACUUAGUUUGAUGUUUCCAGUCAGAAUGGUGAAUAUUUUUGCAAAUAGCUAAUAUCCCUGUAUUUCUAUUAAAAUUAGUGUAAUAGUUUGAUAAAAUCAUAGGAACAAUCUGAACCACUUAAUUUAUGUACAUGUUUACAUUUGUAAAUCAAAUGUAUUUUCCUUCUCAUGUUGAAUGCACAAUUAUACUGAUCAUGACCACUGUGUUUGCAGCCCACGUAUCGUGACUAUUAGCAGGGUGCUGUUUAAUUCUGAAGGCUCAUAAGCAAAUGAUUGUUACGACCGUGAACUGUUGGUAGGAUAUACCUCUCCCUCCUAGAACUUAUUAAACAUCACUUACCUAAAUCAUAGUCUCCACUUUUAAUUUAUAACUCUCCUCUGGCUGUUCCUCAACACUAGCUAAUCCAUUAAUACUGAGUCCUUGAGGUAGUUCUCCUUAAAUGUUUCAGUGUGAGUUUAGCUCUAUGUCUUUAUGCUACCGGUUGCAGUUAAUAGGGAAUGUGUGUGUUAUGCAGUUGUGUAGUAGUCUGUGGUUCAUGGCAUAUUCGUGCAGCAUAGAGCUAACAAUUCACAACUUCACUUAGUAGUAACAAAUUAUUUUUUCGCAUAUAAACCUUUUGCCCUGCUUCUGUGUAGAUUCAGAAUAUUGACUUUGGGACCAAAACAACUUUGUGAUUGUGAAGGUUUUAGAGUAUUUGCAAUAAAUUCAUUGCAAUAAAUGA